UGCGCCAGUUACUUUUACUCCACUGUCAGAUUUGCUGUGUAAGUGUGAACUUUUCUUGUGGGCCCGGUGUUUUGGCACGCUAAGGACAGUUGAAUACUCUUGGUAAAGACCGAGGUUUACAGAACAGGUUGUGUAGUAAUUAUAAAGUACACUAUGGAGUAUUUAAUCGGUAUCAGGGGGAAAGACUUUGUUUUAGUAAGUGCAGAUAAUGUGGCAGCCAGCAGCAUCAUCCAGAUGAAACACGAUUAUGACAAAAUGUUUAAACUGAGUGAGAAGAUCUUGCUACUGUGUGUUGGAGAGGCUGGUGACACUGUUCAGUUUGCAGAAUACAUUCAGAAGAAUGUACAGCUCUACAAAAUGAGAAAUGGUUAUGAGUUAUCUCCCACUGCUGCUGCAAACUUCACUCGAAGAAACCUCGCGGAUUACCUCAGGAGUCGGACACCAUACCAUGUAAAUCUGCUGUUAGCAGGCUUUGAUGACCAAGAAGGUCCUGCCUUGUACUAUAUGGACUACCUGGCAUCUCUUGUACAGACACCAUUUGCAGCUCAUGGAUAUGGAGCAUUCCUGACUCUGAGCAUCCUUGACCGUUACUAUAAGCCAAAUCUCACACGCGAAGAAGCAGUGGAACUACUAAAGAAAUGUCUGGAUGAGCUUCAGAAACGUUUCAUCUUGAACCUGCCGUCCUUCAGUGUUCGGAUCAUUGACAAAGAUGGCAUUCAGGACCUUGAGAAGAUCACCCUCAGAAGUGUUUAAUUUUUUUUGUUGUUUUCUUUUACACCGGGAAAUGUAGUUAAUCUUUUAAAUAAAAAUGGGCUCUGA